UUUAUCGGGCCAAUUAGAAGCGUUCUAACUGCCACUGCUACCUGCAGGCGAUGCAUAAUUAAGGCGGCACACAAGUUGCUAAAAGUUAUGUAAAGUGUGUAUCUGUGUGUAUCUGUGUGGGUGUGCCUGCGGGAGCCACAUUGUGCGGCGUGCAACGUGCAAUUUACAAUUUGCAACAGAUAUAUAGCAGAUAUAUUGGAUUGAUCUUACAGCAGCCAAUGCAGAGCUCAUACUCCGGUGAUCGUCUGUGCAUGCUAAGAACAAAAACCACAAAACCCACCGACUCACACAAUGGAGCCGUCGAACAAGGUUUACAAGGACACAACACAGCCCCUGCCAAAAGUUAGCAUAAACAUGCCCUCGACGUCGACAUCGGGAGCAGCGUCGAGGGCUGCGUCAACAAAACCGGGUGCUCGACGUUUCUACUACAACAGAAAGGACAAGAGCGAUUUGGGUGAGGAUUUCGUGGCGCCCGACGGUGGUUGGGCGUGGCUAGUUUGUGUCGCGGCGGGUGUAUCUAAUUUAUCGAUAUAUCCGUGCCUUCAGCAAUUCGGCUUUAUAUUCCGCGAACGCCUCACAGUUCUGGGAAUGACGAGCUCACAAAUUACGACCAUUAUCAACACCAAUCCGGCCGUGUCUGCCUGCACGGGCCUGCUAAACGGUCCCAUGUUCCGGCGCUUCACCUUCCGUCAGGUGGCUAUAGCCGGCUCCCUUCUCAUAUUUACCGGCAUUCUGCUUACUGCCUUUUGUGAGACCUUCGCCGGCUAUAUGUUUGCCUACGCCUUGCUCUUUGGUUUUGGGAUGGGCAUCAGCGUGUCGGCCUCCUCGCUGGCCAUCAACACGUACUUUCAGCAGAAACGGAGACGGGCUGCUGGCUUUUCGUGGACCAUCACCGGACUGGGCCCCAUAUUUCUGCCCUACUGUGUGACCUAUUUAUUGGGUGUGUACGGAGUGCAGAGCACGGUGCUGAUCUUUGCUGCCCUCUCGCUACACGCCCUCGUCAGUGCUAUGCUCUAUCAGCCGGUCCGUUAUCACGUCCCACCGCCAGGCUUUUCGCCGGUGGGGGAGGAGCAGCAGCAGGCGGAGACAUUGUGCGCUCAUUGCACACUGCAGCGGAAACGGGAAACGGGCAUAUUCUCUAGCCAAUAUCUCUACCAGGAUGACGAUGCCCAGCGACCUGGCUAUGAGAUCAUUGAGCCGGGCACGCCAAUGCUGUCACGGGCCAAUGACGGCUGGUAUGGAUCACGCCUCUCACUAGCCUCCAAUGGCGGGGGCCGUCUGCGGUUUCGCACCGUCUCCAGCUCCAAGGACUUGGAGCACACGCAGCGCUUAAAUCGCGUUAUAUCCGAGGAGGCUGAAGAGCUGCAGUCGAGGGAGUUUCUUAAGCCGAAUAACUUCAAGCGAGAGCGAGACGAGAACAACGAGGGUCUGAAGCGUGAGUUUUCCUUGACCGGCAACAUGGAUUUGAAGAUGUCCUGCACCUGCAGCGAACAGCGUGCAUUAUACGAUCGCAUUGAUGCCCAUACCGAGAACAACAAUGCGCCGUUUUCAUUGGAGAAGCACAUGGAAGAUGGUGAUGGGGAAGGGGUUGGGGAAGAGGAGUCAGCUAGCUUGCAAUCCAUUAGCUGCUGGCAGAAAAUUGUCACAUUUUUCGAUUUGGACCUGCUGCGGGACUUUACGUUCGUGAACUUGGUUGCUGGUCUAACCAUCAUUAAUUUCGGCGAAUUGAACUUCUCCAUUCUGACGCCAUUUAUUUUGGACGAUUUUGGCUUCGACACUUCACAAAUAACGCUGGCCAUGUCGCUCCUGGCCGGCUUGGACAUCACAAUGCGCUUCUUUGUUCCGUUCAUCACGGAGCACAUUGCGUGGGACAACCGGGUAUUCUUCCUCAUCGGUGUCGUGGGCAUAGCCUUGGGUCGCACCGUUGUCGCCUGCACACGAUCCUAUGCCAUUAUAUUGAGUUCCUUUGUGUGGAUCGGUCUGUGCAAGGGCGUACGAACCAUAUUCUGGCCACUCAUCAUACCCGGCUAUGUGCCGAUAAAUCGCUUGCCAGGAGCUUCGGGCCUACAGCUACUGAUCUCGGGCCUAUUCACCCUAGCAGCAGGCCCAUUUGUUGGUCUCGUGCGGGAUCGAUUCGACUACUCAGUGACAUUGCAUUGCUUAAAUGCAAUGUCCUUUGUGGCCGCAAUCUCGUGGUCUCUGGAAGCGCUCAUUCGACGACACAGACGCGGAGUGAAGAGUUGAAGUUCGCAAGGCUGGUGCCAAAUUCCCAAAAGCCGUACUCCUAAUAUUUUUUUUAAUAGUUUUAAGCUUGAGUUUUCUAAAUACCCAAAGAGUCAAAUAUAAGUAGGUUACGAGAAAGAA